UCUAUUAUCAUGUAAUGAUCAUAAACAUGUAGUUGUAGCUUUACAGAAGUUAGAAACAAAGUCUCUUCAUAAACUCCUUGCCAUGGUUUUAGGCAACCGCAUUCAAACAAUACAAAAACAUGACGAUUAAUAUAAUAACUCAAUAUAUUCUUUGAAAGUAUUAUUUUUUAAGUCGGUGUGAUGAGCCCGAACAGAUGAGUGUAUGAGCUGUGUCUCGCUGUGUCUUCAUACUGUAUAUUCCCAGCACUGACGUGUUGUUAGCAGAUGGAGCAGGGGGGCUGAUCUCUGCCUCCAGAGGUCAUUCUCACUACAGUUGCCACUUGUUGCCAAAGCAGCUCGGGGCUCCACCAUUCAACACCAAACACAUUUCAACUAUUUAUUCCGCCAACUAUCGAGACCUACAUGUCUGGAUGUUGAAUGCGGAGCGUUCGCAGGACUGAAGGAAGACUCUUUUGAUCCGGUUGUUAAUAUUUCGGCGCAUCUGACGGACAGAAGCAUGGUUGAUAACGCAAGUAUAGCGACUAAAUCUGCUUUGCAAGGCUCUUUCUCGUCCGCCAGCAGCCUUCCCCUCCAGGCUCCCUCCGCCUCCUCUCACAGCGCGUUCCCCGGCGCACAAACACACCAGCCCGCCAGCGGCGGCAUGAAGCUCGAAGCGGUCAUGGAGAACCUGCAGCGGCAGCAGGCAGCACGGCUGGCCCUGGAGGAGAAGCUCCGGCAGGCAGAGACAGAGAAAGACCUACGCUCCAUGGUGGAGUCCCAGAUACACCAACAAGCUCUGGCUUUCCGCCACUACCAAGCGGCGAUGCGCGGCGCACUGGCCGCCGGAGUUGCCAACUCUUCCCCGCUCCCACACAUGGAUGUCCGCAGGGCUGACGAGGACGGGAACUCCUCCAGACCGGGGAGCGACGACAAGGAGCGGGACGAGGAGGGGGAUGACAUGGACGAGCAGGAGAUCAUGGAUGAAGAGGAGGAGGGCGAAGACGAUGUCGGGUUGAACCACUACCAGCACCGACAGUCCUCGCUCCAGGGAGCCUGUCUCCCUCCGAAGAGUACCCCGAUGCAUCUCAUGUCCAGAGUCCCGGCGGCAUUCGCCCCGGCCCGCCGCGCAGACUCCCCAUCAGAGCACCCUCAGCCCCAGCACCACGAGUGGACCUAUGAGGAGCAGUUCAAACAGUUGUAUGAACUGGAUGAUGAUGAAAAACGCAAAGAGUUUCUUGAUGAUCUUUUCAGUUUCAUGCAGAAACGAGGGACUCCAGUGAAUCGGAUUCCUAUCAUGGCCAAGCAGGUGUUGGAUCUCUACAUGCUCUACAAGCUCGUCACAGAAAAAGGCGGCUUAGUGGAAGUCAUCAAUAAGAAAAUAUGGCGUGAGAUCACCAAAGGCCUUAACCUCCCUACCUCCAUUACCAGUGCAGCUUUCACUCUACGAACACAGUAUAUGAAGUACCUCUACCCAUAUGAAUGUGAAAAGCGGGGACUGAGCUCCCCCGGUGAGCUCCAGGCAGCUAUCGACAGCAACCGGCGGGAAGGUCGUCGGCAGAGCUACGGCUCCGCCAUCUUCAACUACUCUCCUGUGGGAACCCCCACUCUCCUGUCCUCACCAAAGAUACAUAUGUCCCACCUGUCUAUGCCCACUCACAACAGUGGCCAUAUCUCCCACGUGCCUGUGAUCAAGAAAGAAGAGCCCAUGAUGGCCAGCUGCCUGCCCAGCCGUGUAGCCCUCCCCAUGUCACCCAGCAGCCAUCAUGCCGCAGCUGUGGCCGCCCAGGCAGCCGCAGCUCAGGCAGCGGCGGCCGUCCAGGCGGCAGCCCUGGAACAGCUCAGAGAGAAGUUGGAGAGCGGUGAACCGCCAGAGAAGAAGAUGAUGAUGGUGGCAGAGGAGCAGCAGAGGAUCAUGCAACAUGCCCUGCAGCAGAACCUGCUGGCUAUGGCCACCCAGCUGCCCCUCAACAUCAAACUCAAUAACAGAGAUGAUAGACAAGAGACCGCAUUGAACCUGUCUACCAACGGCAUUAGCAGCAUCAACAUGUCAAUAGAAAUAAAUGGAGUUGUCUACACAGGUGUCCUGUUUGCUCGGCAGUCGGCCAUAGCGGCGAUGACGGGACACCGUGGGAAACACAGCAACUGUCAGACUCAGGGAAAGACCAGUCCCACACAGUUCCAGCCCUCCUGCUCCUCCUCCUCUUCCUCGUCCUCAUCCUCUUCCUCACUCCAUGGACACAGAAACUCCUCCCCCUGAGUUUCCUGUCCCUCCUCACCUCCUCUUCCUCCUUCCAUUGCACCAGGAAGGAGAUCCAUUCUGUUAAAGACACCGAGCAGUUGGAGACAUGAUCAUCAGACAAAUCCCAGUUGUUUUAAAAGGCGGCUUUCGCUCCAUCCACUCCAUCAGAUUCCUUUAAGGUCAGCUAACAACAGAUUACAAAGCAGCAAACAUAUGUACAGGCAAGAAAUCUUCCAGUCCCCCUUUCCCCCACUCUCCCUGUUCUGAAUUAACAGCGUGUUUCAAGGACAUUUAACCUUUGUGUGUUACCUUUGUCCUUCAAGUCGUCAAAGACAUCUGUGCAGUGUGGAACACUUCAAAAGCAUGGUUGCCCAUCAGUUUGAGGUGCAGCCUGGAUGAAGCCAAAUGAAGACUCCCUCUUGUGCACCAUUUCAAUCAAAAGAUGAGGCCACUAAACAGCAAGACCUUACAGCUGUUUAUGCUGACCUCAGAAACUCACUGCUUACAGCUGAUACCAAAGAAGAGAACAAAUCUAAACUGGUUUAACACGUCCAGCAUUUACAGUAAGCCUUAGCAGUAAUGAUCAAAACUGAGGAAUAUUGCAAAAAUACCAACAGACCUAGCACAUCCAGAGUGGAAAUCAUCAUGUAUUCUGUAGAGAGGCUGUCCAGACUCCUUAAUAGUAUGGUCUCAUGUUCAAUUUGACAGUUGGUUAAUGAUGUUUCAACAUAUAGCCAACAAGGCUAGAAAGAGUGAUGUGUGUGUACAUCCACACAGUUACAUUAUAUGUGGAUAAUGAGAGGAGUUUACUGACUGAGUCUCUUCUUUUGAACACAGUCAGCUCAGUCCACAGACAAUCAGCAACAUGUUAGCUAACUAGUGAACAGGCUGAUGGAACCCAGCAUACAAGGUUUUAGUUAACACACAGUUCUGUACACUAGUAACAAACACUAUGUCCCAAUCCCAUAUUGUAAAACUAAUACUAUACAUAUACACCGAUGAGCCAAAACAUUAAAACCACUGACAGGUGCCAUAAACAACAUUGAUCAUCUUGUUACAGUGCAAUGUUCUGUUGGGAACCCGGUGAGGAUCGUGACAAAGAGCUCAAGGUGAAAACCUGGCCUCCAAAUUCCCUGUAUCCCCAUCUGAUCAAACAUCUGUGGAAUGUACUUGUACCCUACCUCACAACCCACAGGACUCAAAAGAUCUGAUGGUAACUCCCCAAUGCCAGGCCCCAAAGGACACCCUCUAGAGGUCCUGUGUCCAUGCCUUGACAGGUCAGAGCCAAGUUCGGUCCAAGAAGGACCCACCAUGGAUCAGGGGUACCUCUGCGGUACCAGCACAUCCCUCAAAUGUUUGAUCAGAUCAGGAUCUGAGGUAUUUGGAGGCCAGGUCGACACCUUGAGCUCUUUGUCCUGGUCCUCUGGUCAUUCUUGAGCAGUUUUUGUGGAGUGGCGUGUCACAUUGUCCUGCAGGGGGGUUCACUGCCUUCGACAACUGCCAUUGCCACGAGGGGGUUUAUUUUGCAACGGCGUUCAGGUGGUUGGAGCAUGUCAAGUAGCAUCCACAUGAAUGCCUGGACCAAAGGUUUCCCAGCAGAACAUUGCACUGUAACAAGAGGAUCAAUGUUAUGGACUUCACCCACCAGUGUUUUUAAUGUUUUGGCUGAUCUGUGUAUAUGUUAUCUGGAUCAGAUUAGACUGUUUGGUGGUCCUGGGCUAAAAUCAUACAGAGUGCUCCAGGGAUGACAGUUUUCUGAAGGCCUAUGCAGAGAUUAGCAUCGCCCUGGUUCCCUCGACAGAAUAUAAGCUCUGUGACCAAACAAAAGUGUAUGAUACUAGCAAAUUGUGUUUAGCAAGAUAAUCUUCCCAAAUGAACACCACUUUUUAUGAUUUUUGAAGAGUAAAUGCAAUUGCCAGAAGUAAAAAGCUUGACGUUAGACCCUAAACGAACUUCACUACGGUUAUAUGGCUUAAUGUCGCAACCACAACGAGGCUGUACAUCUGUGUUGGAUGUGAUGACAUUCGGUAGUCUCAUUUAGCCUCUUGUUAGCAACCACCUUUUUAAAGACACAUGAAAGCUUCAGAAUUCAUGAAGGAGGUAUUUACUGACAUAUUUUAUGUCGUAGAACAAAACCUGAAAGUCUCUUUUUUCAGGCAUCUAACCAAAAAAAUUCAAAAAACCUGAAGACGAGGGAAUCAGGAGUGCUAAAAUGCUAACUGAUUUCUGGGUUUUAGGACUCAUCCCUGCACCGCUCUAUUCAGGAGCCACUUAAGGGAACUUAAACUGCAUUCACAUGAACGGUAGACAGCAAACAACAGCAAGACAGUAAAAUUAAGUGAAACUGUUAAAGAAUAUCGGCAGUGGUAAUGUCAGACAGCAUUUCUGUCCGGAGUUAAAAUAUUUGAGCUUUUUUCCAUCCUUCACAACAGAAUUUAUAACCAAUUUAUAGCCAGACUCACAAGAGGAGAAAACAUGGCUCAGCUCUGCAUUUACUGGACAUUACUAUAAUAAUUACAUAAAAUCAUAGACAUGAAAUAACUAUAUUUAAUACAUUUUAUUCCAUUCUUUGUAAGCAAUACAGCAUCAGGAUCGCAACAUAUCAUCGUGCAUGUUUUGUUUUACUGUCCUGCGACUCCCUCAGGCUGACUCAGAGGGUGUUGUCCGUCUGCUGUCCACUGAUUUUAUGUAAACGCAGCAUUAGCAUUACAGCAUUUUUUUCUUUAUAGUGCUUUAGUUGCCACACAGAUAACCUGGAGCCUCUGAGGUUGCUGGUCACUGGGGCAGUUGCCAGCUCUGCCCCACUAAAACACACAAGAAGUUGAAGAAAAUGAGGAAAUGCACAUUUGCAGAGUGAAUGAAUCUGAGCUCAGAACACCAUUAGACAUUUCAAAUUAGAAAAUGUCACCAAAGAUUUAUUACUUACACCACCAACCAAAAGUUUUCUGCAUCUCUCCAGAUAUAGACGUACAUAUUUUAAGAACUUGAUACCAGACACCACGUACAAAAAAAGAAAGGUUUUAUAGGUCCUGGUAAGACAUUACAAAUACUACAUUUUUGUGGUUUGACUUUUUUUUUCUUAAAACAAUAUAAUAAUUGACCCUCAACAGUUUACUACAGAUCUCUUUUGUAACAGUGGUCUAUCAGGAAAAUGCUUUUUGGGCUGCAUUUGUUAAUGCAGUACUGACAAAUUGCAAGCAGGGCUUCUUGCCCAACAUAUAUGUUAUGUUGUGUAUUGCAGUUAGGAACAUCUUAGGAACUCUUUCACACAGUUAGGAUGAGUUUAUAAUAUGCAUUUGGGACACACUUAGCUGGUGUACUAAUCAGAUGUAUUGUCAACAACCAUGAUAGUUAGCUGACCAUCAUUAGCUGAACAGAAGGCUGCUCACAACAUAAAUAUAAUCUUUAUCCCCCUAGGUUCUCUUCUGCUGUGAUCAUAAAAUAAAUGGCGCUUGAUAUUUAUAUGAGAUAUUCCUGAUCACAAGAAUAUGUCAUUUGGCCAUAGAAUAAUUUUUUUUUCUAAGAGAGAUCACAAAAUACCAAACCAAAAACUAGUUUUGAAACAAACUUGUUAGUCACAGAAAAUCUUUGUCAUGAUGACAAGAAAAGAACAUUUUCAAAAUCCCGUCCUCUCUGCCUUCCAGAGUGUACAGAGAUGGUGACAGUGUAAAUUGAUGUGAUGGCAAGCAUUGUUCCCAUCCAGUGCUUUCCUCAUUCAUUACAGUAAAUAUUGCAAUCGACAUCAUUGCUCCACAGUUGUGGUCGUGUUCAGAAACACUUACAAAAAUGUCUGCUGAGGCUGAAUGCGGUGGAGCUGCAGCACAUGAGAUUGCAUUAUUCUUUGAAGAAAUCUUCUGCAACGCACAUUGACUAAAGCCAGAACCACAAGCAUGGAGAAAAUAAUCAGUGGUGUUUGUUAACAUAAGAGAGAAGCACAAAGCUGAUGUGACAGAGCACUGGGAAGAAAUGAAUCAUGAGAGUUCUCCUAUGGCAUUGCAUUCAUUAUAGGAAUGACAGAGUAGAGCACUUCAGCCUGUAGGCAGCGAGUUAUCAGAAAUAAAGGAGGUGACAACAGGACAUACAGAGAUAUGUAGUCCGUAGGAAACUGUCAUCAGUCACUCAGUAGUUUUAUAUUGUGAAUAGAGUCCAGGUUUCUUUUUUUUUUAGAGAUGCACUUGUGUCUAACAUCACGGAGCUUCUUCCUCCCUCUCUCUCUCUUUCUUUCUUUCUUUGUUUCUUUCUUUCUUUACAUCUUUCUUUCUCAGUUUUCAUAAAGAUAUCAAAAUAUUUUCUUUAUUGUGAAGGGAAAUGGGAACCAGUUUGAAGAUAUGUGGGUUUUUAUUAAGUCUGUAAAAGCAUUUCAUUACAGAUUUUAUUUAUUAUGUUUUAUAUUCCUGCAAAUGUUGCAUUUAGCUCCACCACUUUGUUUGCAAACCCUUUUAAAGAGUCUUCUUGAAUGCAGAUACCUCACCAAUCUACCUGUAUAUAGUCAUAGUAAUGUAUGAAUACAAGAUAUACCUCAUAAAUUUCAUUUAUUUUUUAUUGUACAGCCACCUGAAAACCAAUGUUUUACUGCAACAGAUCACUGGAUUUUUUUUUCUCUUUUUUCAUAUUUUGUAUGAUUAUACCAAAGAAGGGAAUAUUUUAUUGACACACAUCUACCUCAUUUGUUAUAGACUGUGCCAACAAGCAUGUCCACAAUCUUAAUUGCCAGUGUAUUCAUGGUGUUUCAUAUCCAUAUAUUUGUGUGAACACAAAAUGCUUUUCAGUCCAAAAAAAAGGCAACAAUCGAUUAGAGCAGGGGCGUAGGACAAUGGGGGGAAGUGCAGGGCUCUCAUGUGAGGGGGGCCCACCAUGAAGGGAUAGGUGUGGAUGUGGGCCUAUGUACAGGGUCCAGGAUAUUGUGGAUAUUGUGCUACGCCCCUGGAUUAGACUAAAGAAUUAAGCAACAUGUUCAAAGUGCUUUUAAUGUUGGGUGUUGUGCCGGCGCAACAAAACAGCCUUUUGUGAAACACAGCAGGGACACUUGUCAAAACAAAUCCAAUCUGCAUGAAAACCUGGAUAUACAGUAAAAGGAAGACAGCACCAUGUAACAAUGAAUGGCACAGAUUUGAUAUUGUCCCAUCAGCACCUGUAAAAUAUGACAAGCCCACUUCUGUCAUGGUUUGCACUUCAGGUCAAGAAAAAAACUGCUAUUUUUUGGUCCCAGCUCCCAGCUCUCAACUUGUCAGGUUACAAACUAAUUUAUUUUUUGGUUGAAAUGGUCUGUAUAGUUCAACAGUAGGUGCGGGAACCAGAGCCUAGGGUUGCAGCAGUAUACCAGUUUCAAGGUAUAUCAUGAUAUGAAAAUUGAUGGGUAUCACACUGUCAAUAUCUCCUUAUCAAUGAACUGAAAGUUUUUACACACACUUCCAUUAGAAAAAUAGCUUAAAGUUUCAAUUAUAGUAAUAAAACAUUUGUUCAAUCAAAAAGCCAUUUUCAGUCCUUUAAGGGUCAUUCUGACAGAUAAUAAUAAUUCUGUAAUACUGUGGUACUGUGAAACCGCAAUACUUGCUGAACGUAGCAACCCAACCAGAGUCCGUUUGGAGCAGAACCCAUUCCAUGUUGGUUGAAAAGAGCUAUAAGUGGACCUUUGAGCUGAGACUAUACUGUCACACAUAUUGUCCCUGGAGUCAAGAUUAGAACCCAGCAGAGAAAUGGAUGGGCUAAUGUAUCAGCCAAUAUUAACUAACAGCCCAUUGUAUCAUGGCGGCUGAUGAUUGUCUGUUUUCUGGAACAAACAAUAGUCUUUAGAACCCACAGGUGCACAUAGACACAUGACCACACAUUACUACAGAAUACUGCAGGUAUUUCUUACCAGGAAAGGGGGCUUGGCAUUGUGUGUUAGCAUUAUGAAAACAACGUCAGUGCAAAGUCUAUUAUAAACAGCUGCAGUUUGGUUAGGUUUAGGAAAAGAAAAACACUUGGUUAGUUUUUAGGGAACAAAAAAAUACUUGGUCAAGUUUAGGAAAAGAUUGAGGUUUUGGUUAAAAUAACUAUGUAUGGGAUGUAAGUGACUAAACUUGCUUUGCAUGGUUAUGUCAAGUACCUGCGUAAAGUAUUUUGAGUAGUUAUGUCAAGUCUGUAAAGUCAUGUAGUGAUGUUAACCCUGGGCACAAAGCGCGGUCUCCUGGUUGGAUUUUCUCACUUUUUAUACUUAACAAGUGUAUCCACCACAACAGAUGAUCCUCAUUGACUUUGCACUGGCAUUGUUUUUGUGUAGUCAGCACCUAAUUUUAACACAUUUUGUUUCUGCCACCAUGUUAAGACUUUGUGUCCAUUUUAUGUAUCCUUUGAGACUGGGCUGGAAUUUUGCUGUGGAUCUCCAUGGUCCUCAGACGACAAUACUGAUGAUCAGGCCAAAAUUUCAAAAUUUCCUCUUACACGAAACAUCAACAAACUGGUUGAAAUUAAUCCACUGAGCACAUUCAUGUUACCCAGAAGAUAAACACUUGGGAUUGUCAUGACGCCAUGAGCGUUUGUGCACUGCCACCUCUGAGUUGCUGUCUUCCUCUCCUAAUCUUGUCAUCUUGUUUUUCAUGCAGACUUCUCACAGUUCUUGAUUUCAGAUGCUAUGACUAGUUCAGUGUCAUGAUGACAGUGUAAUGCUCCAGGCUGAUUACUGGUGAUAAAGCUAAUAAUAUAUUGUGUGACUGUAUGUAUAGAUGGUGAUGUUGAAAAUGUACAAACAAAAUCUUGCAGCAGAGGACAAUCCUCAGCCAAUAAGAUGAGCUGACUCCUCAGCUGUCAGUUGAGCUGUUGAAGGUGUUUGUGCUUUAUAAUUCUCAUGUUUACUUGAAAUGUGUUCUUUAGCAAUCAGACAAGUCUGCAGGUCAACACAGCAAAGGUCCAAGGAAACAAUCACUUCCUUAUACACAAAUGUGGUGUUGCAUCCUUGAACACUGAAACAACGAUAUCAGCUAAAUGUUAAUGGACUUGAAUACUUGGGUCUCAAAGCAGCUGGAAUAGACAAAUGUUUAGCCACCCAUAACAGAGUUGCAAAGUGGGAGAAGUUAUUCGAAGCACCCAGGGUUCUGGAAGUAAAAGAAUAGGAGCUCUUCUAGGCUUGUAUAGAGAUGAACUCUCCUGGUUAAGUCACCAAUAUAAAAACAAUAACAAUUAUGUCAGAAAAUAUUCUUUUUAUUAAAAAAAGUCAAAGUUAUAAGCCUGGGGACAUAAGAAUCUAGGGAGAUGUGUCAACUACAACUCCUAAAGCCUUUCAAUAAGAAGCAUCAUUAAAUAUUGGGCUUACAAUUCUGUUAUGUGUUCGUCACUGAAACUCAACCUUAAAGGAAUACUUCACCCACAAAAUGACCAUUUGUAUAUCAGUUACUCACCAUAUGUUGUGCUAAAUCCAUUAUUUUUAAAAAGUGUUUUUCUCCCAUGCCUCCACUCUGAACAGACAAUCUGAAUAAGGUGAACAUUUCUCAUGAAUUGAAGUAAAUAGGGACCACAUUUAACAACAGCAAAACUAUUUCAAGUCUAAUUUAUCCAGUUGCAUGCUCAGUACUUCCCAUAGAUGCAUUUUCACUAAAAUUAUACAAUAUAUAACAACACUGCAAUAGUGAGUGUGUCUGAGUAUGUACAUGCCAUGAACUUAGCUUGAGCAGAGCACGUGUGCUCAGCCACGCUACUCAGCCGGCAUGAGACUGUUUGUACUGACAUAUUUUAAGUCGUAAUGUUUUAGUGAAAAUGCAUGUGCAUGUGUAUGCAAGUAUUGAGCCUAUGACUGGAUGGAUGAAACUUGGAUUAUCCUGCACGAGUUGUGUGAGAGUUUGUAAAAACAUGUUUUGAUACAGAUUUGCCGUUGUUGAAUGUGGACCUCUAUCACUUUAAUACAUAAAGAAUGUUCACCUUUGAUUCUCCAUUCAGAGUGGAGGUAUACAAGAAAAAUAAAGUUUUCUUCACAAAUUCAAGGAAACAUGCAGUGAGUAAUUGAUUGAUUGAUACAAAUGGUAAUUUUGGGGGUGAAAUGCUCCUUAAAGAUUACAAUUUUAGAUUACACAACCUUUUUUGGAAGACAAUGACAAAAAUGCUCCCACCAAUAGGGCCAUCAGGGAUAAGGAAAAAAAAAAAAAAAAAAAAAUAUAUAUAUAUAUAUAUAUAUAUAUAUAUAUAUAUAUAUAUAUAUGGGUAUAUCUAUAUAUAUAUAGGUCAUUUUUGCAGACAGUGUCAAAUGACCUAUUUUGUAGUUCAGCUGGGAAAAGACCUUGUUGAAUUGGCACCUGAUACCAUAGCAAUAGCAGCUGGUGCCCAGAGGGUAGAGUAGUUUUUACAUCCAUUUGCCAUACCAAUCUGUCAACAAAGACAGUUGGCAUAAUUCAAACUGAUGGCUGUAGCAUCAACCUGAAGGAUAAUUCAAUUAUCAAAGAGACUACUGUGUUUCUGUACUGAGGAACACUGAGGAGAUCAUUGAAAGAAAACAGAUAUAAAUACAAGCUAGUUCUCCCACUUUACAACUCUUUGUCACAUGACUAAUGUCCAGCCCCUGUCGGACUGUCUUGGGUCCAUAACCCUUAUUACCAUAAGUGAUGGUGAAUUAUAGACAUGUAUCAUGAUCCUGGAACAUUUCAGUCACUCAGAGGCUCCCAACAUUAAAAUUACAAACUUAUUUGGUGGUGGUCUCCUUUGAGAUAUCAGGCACAAAAAAAAAAAAAAAAGACGAGUUAUGUCAACAGGGAAAGACAUUUUCUGUCGUAGUCAGUACAAAGAAAAAAUCAGUCAGUGAAUGGGGAAUAUUGAUAUUGUAUGUAUUGACUUUAAAACUUUAGACAAACUCCACAAAUCUGAGAAACUCAAAUAUCCACAAGAUGGCUAUCCAAGAUCGUGAUGCACGGUAUGAUGCUCCUGGAUCCAGGCUCAUUAUGGACGGUGUACGUUUUCUCUCUCCAUGAUCCAGGUGCUCCUCACAGCACAGUCCUGUCUUAUAUCCUGUAAAUGCAGCACCGGCACAGUCUAUUCCUCGGCCCCUCCUCUUGUACAUACUGCUGAAUAAUGCCAAUCACUGAACACUUCACAUGACUGUGAGGCCACAGCAUGGAAUCACUGGCAUUCUUCUCACCAAAGAGUUUUUCAAGCUGUGACCCUGCUCACUUGAUUUUUAGGUCAUAACCCUCGGCAGAGCAGAUGAGCAAGAGAAAGCGACCGCUCUGCAUGCAGAAUAAACAAAAAAGGAAAAAAAAAAAAGAACUGACUCAUGUAAUCAAAUAAUAUGUUGUUUACUUUGUAUUAUGCUAUGCUGGUAGUUUUUAGACACUAAUCGCUUUAUUAGCUGUGUAUGAAGCUUUAAAUGUUUCUUUUAUUUCCCUUUUGUUCAUCUUGGAUAAAUCCAGUGCAUUACGGGAAUGCUGGAUUGUGGUGCUCAGGGGUUAAAAAUGUACAAAAAAGAGGUGAAAGAGAUUUUCCUGUUUUGCCAUUUGAAUUGUAGCGUAUUUAGAAA